AUGUACUUCCGCACGACGACCUUGCUGAGCAGAAGCUGCCGUUACCUGCGCUCUCCCGUCUCCGCGAAAGCAACCUUUUCUCUCUCCGCGCGUUCUCUCGCGGCCGCAAACGCAGCAAUGGCUGAUACCCUCCCUGGCGCCGUGACCCCGGAUCUGCUGAAGAGCAAGUUGGUUGAGCAGCUGCAGGCGCAGCAUGUUGAGAUUGAGGAUCUUUCGGGAGGCUGCGGACAAGCGUUCCAGGCUGUCAUUGUUUCGCCGCAGUUUGAGAAGAAGACCAUGCUUGCACGUCACCGGUUGGUGAACUCAGUUCUGAAGGCGGAGAUUGCGGCUAUUCAUGCUUGGACGCCUAAAUGCUAUACACCUGAGCAGUGGGAGCAGCAGCAGGGUUCUGCAUAA